AUGCUGGCCUCCUCGGCGCUCAAGCUCAACAAGAUGUCGGUGCGUGGUCUCGCUAUGCCCGUCACCAACGCUCCCACCUCGGCUUACACCAAGGAGAAGGGUUCGGACGGCAAGUACACCGUUACCAUGAUUCCCGGUGACGGUAUCGGUCCCGAGGUCUCGAACGCCGUCAAGGAGAUCUACGAUGCCGCCAACGUGCCCAUCAAGUGGGAGGAGGUUUCGGUGGCUCCUUUCAUCAAGGAUGGCAAGCAGACCAUCCCCGAGGAGUCGAUUGUCUCGAUCAAGAAGAACACCGUCGCUCUCAAGGGUCCUCUCGCUACGCCUAUCGGUAAGGGUCACGUUUCGCUCAACUUGACGCUUCGACGAACCUUCCACCUCUUCGCCAACGUCCGACCAUGCAAGUCGAUCGAGGGCUUCAAGACCGCCUACGACAACGUCGACACUGUACUCAUCCGUGAAAACACCGAGGGCGAGUACUCGGGUAUCGAGCACGAGGUCGUUGACGGCGUUGUCCAGUCGAUCAAGCUCAUCACCUACGAGGCUUCGGAGCGUGUCGCCCGCUACGCUUUCCACCACGCCGAGCAGAACGGCCGCAACAAGGUGACUGCCGUCCACAAGGCUCCCAUCAUGCGCAUGUCGGACGGCAUGUUCCUGCACGCUUGCCGACAGGUGGCCAAGGAGUACCCGCACAUUGCCUACGACGAGGACCUGCUCGACCGAGCCUGCCUCCGCAUCGUUCAGGACCCCGCACCGUACGCCGACCGCGUCAUGGUGAUGCCCAACUUGUACGGUGAUAUUCUCUCGGACAUGUGCGCCGGUCUCAUCGGUGGUCUCGGCCUCACCCCCUCUGGUAACAUUGGCAAGGACGCUUCGAUCUUCGAGGCUGUACACGGCUCUGCUCCCGACAUUGCUGGCCAGGACAAGGCCAACCCCACUGCGCUGCUGCUCUCCUCGAUCAUGAUGUUGCGACACAUGAGCCUCUUUGACAAGGCCGACCAGAUCGAGAACGCCAUCUUCAAGACCAUCGCUGCUGGCGAGCGAACCGGUGAUCUCGGUGGCAAGCUCGGAACCCGUGCUUUCACCGACAAGAUCAUCUCGCGCUUGUAA